AUGCCAACUCGCAGUGGAAGCAAAGGUGAAGGUGGAAAUGGCAAUGGCAAUGGAAAUGGAAACGGAAACGGAAAUGGAAAUGGAAAUGGAAACAGUAGCGGUGUUGUUGGAGCUGGUGGCGGAGGCCCACCUAUAAGUGGUAAAUCUGGCAAUCCACUGGGUCAGCUUGACAACAAUGGCUCGAGUGGUAAUGGAAGUAACAAUGCAGGCAACAAUGGUAAUGGAGGGGGACCAUUCAAUACUGGCAUCGCUGCUGGUGCUGGUGCUGCUUCUCAUUCUUCUGCUUCUCAUUCUUUUUCUUCUUCCGAGGAAUUAGGCAACAACAGGCUCAUCUACUUGAUCUCUAAAUCUAUUGGCAAUUCCGUCAUUAUUACCACUACUGAUGGCUCUAGAUACAGAGGUUUAUUAGUUGCUACCGACUUGUCAAAAAAUCCAGCACCUUUGUCUGUGGUGAUUCAACACCCGCAAUUGGUCAAUAAAGGAUUGAUUGAUGAGAAAAAUAAUUUGGACGGGAAGAAAUUGCCUCAGACGUUGAUUGUUCCAGCAAAGGAUUUGAUUGAUUUUGAAAUCGAGUUGAACAUUAACGAGCCAGUGAAGCAAUACACAGCUAGCAAUGCUGCUGUGUCAACUGCUUCUAAUAUCGCAAAAACCAUUUCUCCAGGAGAAGCUUCUGUUGUUGCAGUGAACAAAGGCGAGGUCGAUACUGCAACUGGAAAAGAUGCACCAACAAAAGAAAAUAGUAUUACCCCCGAACCAGUCGAGCAAGCUAAGGAAAAAACAAUUUCGGAUGCAUCUCAAAUUAAUAUUGCCUCUGAAAAACAUUUGGAAAAGACAGCUGCACCAAAACCAAUAGAAUUAGGAGAGAACAAAGUUAAUAAGAAAGAGACAUACUCAUCAGCUAUUGAGUCAGCCAUGGCACAGCAACCUGAGAACACAAAGCCUACUUUUUCUACGAAGCAAGGGUUCAAGACUGAUUCUGAUAUUUCUGCUCGAGGAAAACCUAUUCAGGAAAGGGAAUUUGUUAGAUGGGAUGCCGGUAAUGACAACUACAAUAGCAGCUCUUUACCCAGUCUCACGUUGGAAGAAGAGCAAUAUGCCACCAAUGGGAAAGGCAAAUGGGAUCAAUUCAAGGUCAAUGAAGAGAAAUUUGGCGUUGAAAGCACCUAUGAUGAACACUUGUACACCACAAGAAUAGAUAAAUCUGCAGCAGAUUACAAGGAGCGUUUAUCCAAGGCCGAAAAAUUGGCCAGAGAAAUCGAGGGAAGCUCUACCACUGAUCGCCAUAUAUUAGAAGAUAGAGGUAUUUCAGUUGAUGAUGACGAUAACGGUAUGGACGAGGAGGACAAAUAUUCAGGUGUGGACCGUCGAGGAGACGAAUUGAUGGCAGUUUUGGGAAUCAGUAACAAUAAUAAGAACAAUGUUUCCCAAGCAUCAGUGAAUACUCAUCAGUUCAAACAGCCACAAGAGACUGGUAAAUAUGUCACGCCACGCCAAAGAGCUGCUCAAUAUCAUAAUGACCCGGCGAUUGUGGCAAGCUCGGCAGUGAAGAAAAAGUCACCAGCACCAACACCAGCACCAACACCGGGACAAGGACAAACCCCAGGACAAGCACCAGGACAAGGACAAACACCAGGUCAAGCACCAGGACAAGGAAAAGCUAUAGCGCAACAGAGAACAGAUUCAAAAAAACCACCAGCAUCUGCAGCUGUGUCUAAUGAGUCAUUUAGACUCAAUGCACAAAGCGAAAUAAACUCGUUACGUGCAUUUAGUGCCAAUUUCAAGAUUCCACACAAGAUGCCUCAAGAUCUUUUGCCAAUAUUAGCAAAGGACAAGAUGAAACAAGAUGAGAUUUUGAAGAAGCAACAAGAACAAGCAAAAUUACAAGAACAAAAGCAGAAACAAAAACAAGAACAAGAACAAGAACAAAAGGAGAUACAUACAGAGGUCAAAGAGCAAAAACAGGAGCAAAAACAGGAGCCUGCUGCAUCAAAACCAAAAGUACACACACCUGCUUCACCCCAAAAGUCUCAAGCACAACCAAGCAACACCGAGAAAAAACCUGCUAGCAAAUUCAAACUCAAUCCGAAUGCCGCUGCUUUUACUCCUACAUUCAAACCCAGUCAAUUGACUUCACCAAAGAACACAAAUCUGGCACCAGUACCUCCGAUUCCGCAAAUUCCACUGGUUACACAGGUUCCACAGAUCCAGCAAAUUCCGCAAAUUCCUCAAAUUCCACAGAUCCCACAAAUUCCACAGGCACCAGUUCCACCAGUGUCACAAGUACCACAAGUACCACAAGUUCAUGGAUCAUCUUCAGCAUACCAAUCACCAAGAACAGCUACGAGUCGGGCUUCAAAUGGCAAUGUGUCGCAUACACCAAAGAGACACCAUCAAAUUACUGCUCAAGACUUUUUUGGUGCUAAUAAAGUACCUACCAAAGAUGGCCAAGCUUCAAAAGUCAAGUCUUUCCAAACUGGGUUUAAUUUGUUUAAUCAUGCUAAAAAGAAGGCAAAAGAGUCCGGAACUCCUGUCGUUUUCGAAAAGCUUUAUCAAACUCCACCUACUUGGAAUUCAACAAUUGAAGAGACAUAUACGACUUUAUUCCCUAGAUCCACAUACAACGUUUAUGGUGUUGGCAGUGUUGGGGGUAGUACCCCUGGAAUUGGUAGUACGACCCCACUGCAAUUAUCUGCCUCUUACUUGCCAAGUCCUUUGAUGGCAACCACACCACCUGGAGUAUCUCCACAACUACCAAUUAUGCAAGGUGUGCCAAUUGCUAGUGGAGUAGGAGCUCCAGGAGGAGGGGCACCAUUACCUUAUGGGUUCCUGAUUCCUCCACAAUUCCAUCAAUUCCAACCACAUCAAUACCAACAAUACCUGCAACAACAGCUUCCACAGCAGUACCAACAACAGCAAUAUCAACAACAUUAUCAGCAGCAACAACAUCAACAGCAUCAACAACAAUAUCAACAACCUCAUUUCCCACAAGUGGCAGCAGCACCAAUGUGGUUUAUACCUCCGCCUCAAGGGUUUGGUAUGAUGAAUAACCCGUACCAGAAUGCUGCUCCAGGCGGUCACAAUCAUGGUCAUGGUCAUGGUCAUGGUCAUGGCCAGCAAACACGGAGGUACAAGUAG